CUCACAUGCACAUCCCUCCCUCUGUUUCCUCCCUAACAUGCUCCAUCUCCUCCUCCCUCCCUCCUCUGCUACCAGCAUGCGCUCAACCUCCUCAAAACCCACCUCAAAAUCCUCACCAAACUCUAAUAAUCCCUCCCAUGGAAAUCCUCAUUCCCUCCUUCUCUGCAAGCACUCUCCUUCAGCCACUCUCGACCUGCUAAUUCUCAUCCUCGUCCUCUUCUCCGGUACUUUUCUCCUCUGCUCCUACUUAUCCUACCUCUUCAACUCUCUCUCUCUUCUCCUCUCCCAAUUCCCUUCUCUUUCCCUCUCUCUCCCCACUUUCUUUCCUCUCCUUUCAUCGUUUAACCCGCAGAAUGGAGAUGACACCAAUGGCUAUGACACCAGUCUUCCUCCGGCCUCUUAUUUCUUCGCUUUCACCCUCUUCUUUGCCGCUUUCAUUGCGUUUCUGGACUCCUGCUGUGGUACCAGAUCAAGGAAGUGCCGGAAUCCUGGCUGCAAGGGCUUGAAGAAAGCGAUGGAGUUCGAUUUGCAGCUGCAGACCGAGGAUUGUGUCAAAUCCGGGUUGUCGAAGGAGAUCGAUGGGCUACCUUGGAAGGGAGGCAGCGAGUCCAACCCAGAUUAUGAAUGCUUGAGGGCUGAGCUGAGGAAGAUGGCACCACCUAAUGGCCGUGCCGUCCUGCUGUUCCGAUCGAGGUGCGGGUGUCCUGUGGCUAAACUCGAAGGCUGGGGUCCUAAGCGCGGCAGGCGGCAUAAAAAGGCGUUGGGCAAUACAACUCACAGUGGAGGAGACAGCCGCUGAUUGCAAAAUGAGGGGUUUUUAUAAUUUGAUCAUCUUCUACAGAUAUAUAUUCGGUCUCCAAUAUUUUGGUUAACUUUUUAAGAUCUUUUUAAUGUGGAUUCUCAUUCUGGAGACUUUUGAGUUAGAAGAUUUUUUCUUUCUUUGAAAAGAAAAAGAAUCUGAUAUUCAGGUUGGCUUUCAGUUGCAGAACACAUAACCCCCCCCCUCUUCAUGUGUCCGUAUUUACUUACAUAGGAAUGCUCUCUUUUGAUUUCUGGAAAGAUAUACCAAAUUUCAUAUUAGCUGUUAGGUAAAAAA